AUGGGCUCUUUUAACCAGCAAAGGUCUGUCUCCAAGUUCAAAUCAGCAACUCCCUCGCCACUCCCUCUCUCUUCCUACUUCUCUUUGCCUCCUGGUCUUACACACGCCGACCUUCUUGACUCUCCUCUUCUCUUCACUUCCUCUAACAUUUUGCCAUCUCCAACGACAGGCACGUUUCCUGAGAAGUCUCUGAACUGGAAGAACAAAGUUUUGCUCACCAACCAGAAUGAAAUCAAAGCUGAAGAUGGGAAGGACCACUCUGAUUUUUCCUUCACUACCAACCAGACAUCUCCUCCUUUGUUCCUAUCUCAUUUACAGACAAGAGAUCAGCCUUUACCUCAAGUGGAUGUACCCAAAUUUGAGUCAUCGCAUACAGGUAACAAAACCUCUGAAGAUGGAUACAACUGGCGUAAAUACGGACAGAAGCAAGUCAAAGGAAGCGAAAACCCUAGGAGUUACUUCAGAUGCACUUAUCAAAAUUGCGUCACAAAGAAGAAAGUGGAGACGUCUCUUGUGAAGGGUCAUGUCACUGAGAUUGUCUAUAAAGGAAGCCACAAUCAUCCUAAACCCCACCAAUCCAUGAAAAGGUCAGCAGCAAAUGACGUUAGCUCUCAUCAGAGUAGCAGUCAUGGAGAUGGUGGUGGUGAAGAUAACGUUGAUGUCAAAAGAAGGAAGAAAGAGGAGAGUGUGAAGGAGCCAAGAGUGGUGGUUCAGACAACAAGUGAUAUUGACAUUCUUGACGAUGGUUACAGAUGGAGAAAGUAUGGUCAGAAAGUCGUGAAAGGCAAUCCAAAUCCAAGGAGCUAUUACAAGUGCACAUUCACAGGAUGUUGUGUAAGGAAGCAAGUGGAGAGAGCAUUCCAUGACGCAAAGUCAGUGAUCACCACAUACGAAGGAAAGCACAACCACCAAAUCCCCAACACAAAGAAGAUGUCACACCUCAACAACAUGACAGACUUUGUCAGCUAUUAG